AGAAAAGAGUGAAUACAUUUCUCCCUGGCUCUCUUCAUUAUUUCUGUCUAUUUUCUUUUUUUAAAUUCUCACUCUUUUUCUCUGUCCAUCCCUCUCUCUGACUAUGUAUUUAUAGCUCUUUCUCUCUCUCCCUCACUCCCACUCACUCCCCCUCUCUCCACCUUCUCAGCCCCUGAUUGGUUUGCAACCUGUGUGCCACUGACAGACAAAUCCUUGAUAUGGAGAGAUAGAGACAGAAGAAAAGGGGCACCGAAACAAUGUAUGAACAGGUUAAAAGGAAGGAAAGGGGCGUAUGAAUUGUUAAGGAGGAAAAAAAAAACCAGCAGCACCUAGGGGACUCACUUGUACAUGUGAGACUGACCCAACCAAGUCAUCAUAAGCAGCACACCUAUGUCUACCUGUGAUAGACGCACAGCUGGAUGCUUGUAACUAGUGUAACAGCUGGACAUUUCAGGGUUCUAGAACAGACUGCUCAGCCAAAGGUAGACUGUGGGCUUAGCAAAGAGACAGUUACUGAAAAGUGACCUGCAUAAAGAAAAUCAUUCAGUUUCUAUGAAGAGAUAAAAAAGGAAUAUCCUUCAGCCUCCAAAGACUUUCAAAUGACUAUUUGCUGAGGAUAAACUACUAAAGAAUUUUAAGCAUGUUACUGAUUUAAGAACAAGCCCAACCCAAUAAAAGAGUUUACACUGCAAAUGUAUCAAAUUUGAUGCAUGAUUUAGGAGUGAGCACAACUACAAGCACAAUAUUAAUAAGAUACCUACAAGUCCAAAGAAUAUAAGUGAAACUAUUUUUUAUUUUUUUUGUGAAAUUGCCAAAUUAAAAAAAUAAUAAUAAUUUUCCAGAUAUAGGAAGCGGCACCUGGUAUUGAAAUAAAUAAGGCUUUUCCUGAGAUUUGGAGAGAUGUUCAUGAGUCAGUAAGAUGCCAAGAAAAUCAACAAAGAGAACCAUGUUUUGAUCUCUAACCAAGUAUGACUCCAACUUCUCCAACAAGCCUUUUUUCAAGCUCUUAUGCUUACAUUAACACAACGCUGUAUGCCAAUGUAUCAUCUACUCCAAGCUUGGCAGCCCCUGGGCUCCUCAUUCCUCUAGUCUACCUAGUUGUUUGUGCAGUAGGAUUGUGGGGUAACACCUUGGUCAUAUACUUGGCAUGGCGAAGUCCUGCUGGACAGAACUCAGUUACAGCUCUGUAUAUUCUAAAUUUGGCUUUGGCUGAUGAUCUUUUUAUGUUAGGCCUGCCCUUUCUGGCUGCUCAAAGUGCUCUGUCAUAUUGGCCCUUUGGCUCACCUGUGUGUCGGAUUGUAAUGACUCUUGAUGCUGUAAACCAAUUCACCAGCAUCUUCUGCUUAACUGUGCUCAGCUUGGACAGGUAUUUAGCUGUUGUUCGUCCAAUCCAGUCUUCAAAGUGGAGAAGACCCAAAGUUGCAAAAUGCGUCAAUGUAACAGUAUGGAUUCUCUCCUUCUUGGUUGUGCUCCCAGUAGUUUUCUUCGCUGGGGUUCCAAAAGAUUCUGGUAUGUGUCAUAUUGCUUGGCCUGAACCGCAACAGGCCUGGAGGACUGGUUUCAUCCUCUACACGGCUGCACUUGGCUUUUUCUGUCCAUUGCUUGUAAUUUGUAUCUGCCACCUACUUAUUGUAGCCCAAGUAAGAAUGUCUGGAAAUCGAGUUAGAGUGGCUCCAGCCCGACGACAAGGUCCUGAACGUAAAGUAACCAAGAUGGUGGCCCUUGCAGUGACUGCCUUCAUCUUGUGCUGGCUGCCCUUUUAUGCUUUGAACAUAAUUAAUCUUCUGUGGCCACUGCCCGCAGGUCCAAGAUUAUAUGGACUUUACUCAUUUGUUGUAGCUCUUUCCUAUGCUAACAGCUGUCUAAAUCCUAUUAUAUAUGCGCUUCUUGCUCGUCCAUUCCAGCGGGGUUUGAAACGUGUUCUCUGUCGGACUUCAGUAAGGGUGGCAGAUGGAGAUAUGAAUGGAGGAGUUGAAAGGGCACAAGGAGAGCUAAGCAGAGUUAGUGGCAUCUCACAAGAAAGAGGAAAUCCAAAAGUAGAUGGAGUGGAUGAGAAUGGGAAGAGAGCAGGUGGCGAAGAGCCACUGCAGCAAGUGGUUGGCCCAUCAUCACAAAAGGCUCUUCCAGAGGAACUGGGGGCAUCUGAGAAAGAAAACAUGCUCGGCAUAAGUUAUUUGUGAAAGGGCUAUGGUGGCUACAAAACUCCAUUUUACACGUAAAAUUUCAUGUUGAUUCUGAAGUGGAAAAACACAUUUUAAAACUCUAGACUAUGCCUGAAAUGUGUGGCAACAUCUUUUCCAGGACAGAUGUAAGCUUAUCUUAAAACAAGACAUUAAAAUCUAAUUUUCGAAUUAUAUGUCAAUAACUAUGAGCAAAAUGAACUUGUGAAAUCAAUUUGGAAUUUAUUUUCACAAUUUGUUUUGAAACUCCAGACUGGAAAUCCUAUGGACUGGUCUUUAUACUGUCUUUCAGUAUAAUUAUUACUAUAAUUAUCUCCUAUGAAUGGCAGCUAACUGACAUAUCAUCCAAACAUUUAAAUUGAAAAGGUGUAAAGUACUGGGCAGCCCAUAGAGUAAGGUGAUUACAUUUAUAAAAAUCUCAUUGCAAAUGAGUUUAAUAGUAUGUUAUAGAUUGCAAGCUCUGCUGGCCAGAGAUGCAAUGAGCCAAAGAACUGCAACCUACGAUGCUGUACUAGACCACUGUUGUAUGAUUUAUCUACUCCGAACACUCUACGCUUUCCAUUUGUACACUCGGAGAGGCUAACAGCAGAGGUCAAUGUUACUCAAAGACACAUCUUUAUCAAAAUGUUAUGCUGCAGCUAUGAAACUAAUGAGCAAAUAAAACUGCUUAUGCCAUUUACUGUACAGAAAGGGCCAGAUAAAAUGCCCACUCUUUCAGAACAGAGCUUCGGUGUCACUCACAUACGCUAUAUUCACUCUUGUGUUCAGUUCUGCUGUGUUUUCCCCAUUUGUAAUUUUGCACUGACAGGCAGAAGAAUAUUCUAAAGAAUCAACUGUAUAAAUAAGAAAGUUACCGCCAAUUAAACGCUUCCCAACAAUAA